AUGAAUUCAUUUCUCCUCAACCGCCAACUGGGCUCUAUCAGCCCUCAGGCUCUCGCGAAAGCUCAGAACAACCGCCUUCUUAAGGCCCUUGCUGCAGCACCAGAUGUAAACUUUGCCCUCCAAGAUGCUGGUGCCAGAGCUUCGAACACGGCAGGUAUCAGAGACGUAGCGCAUGCUGCUGGUGUCAAUAGCAUUGCCAUUGAUCGGUUUGAAGGAAGAUAGUAAGAUCACACACCCUUCACCAUCUUCCUUCCAGAGAUUAUCUCCAUGGACACGACUCCUGGCUUGCUACUGCCCGACUACCUGUGGGCUCUGCUUCUGUCAUGAGUCUCGAAAGGAGUAGACAAUCUUUCCAUAGAAGAACAAUAAAAAAGGCUUUCUCCUUCGGGGUCCUACUGCUAAUAUGAAUCAGUAUGAUAUCAGGAGGCGCGGACUCUUCACUUGGCGUGUGGGACCUCGAAGCAGCCGCUCGAUCUUCAGACGACAGAAGUACUCAUCUACCGCUCGGCUUUUCGGCCAGAACUUCGACAACUCAGAGUUUGGGAAUUACGCAUAUCUCAUUCUACCCAUUCGACUCUUUGGCCCUUCUCACCAGCGGUUACGAUCACACGCUGAAGCUAUUUUCAUCCGAGACGUUAGAAGCUUCGGCGUCCUUCGACAUUGGUUCUACGGUCUACUCGCACGCUACCUCCACCGUAGCACCCCAUCUUCUAGUGGCCUGCGCUUCUCAGCAUCCUGCCAUACGGCUUGUAGAUCUAAAGUCAGGCGCCAAUACGCACUCACUCGCCGGUCACUCCGGGUCGGUACUGGCGGUUGCAUGGCAUCCAAAGGACGAGAACAUCCUUGCCAGCGGAGCAACAGAUGGCGUCGUCAGACUCUGGGACAUUCGAAGAGGCGCCAGCAGUCUCGGUGUCCUUGAUAUGGACGAUAGCAUCGGGAUCACCGGAUACGAUGGCAGAGGUACGGGAGCACGUCGACGCGAAAGAGGGAGGUCCCACACCGGUGCUGUCAAUGGCAUUGUAUGGACUGAGGACGGACGCUACUUGGUGAGCAAUGGCCACGAUGAAAGAAUGCGGAUCUGGAACAUGUAUUCUGGUGCUAACACACUGGCCAAUUUUGGUCCCGGGCUGAAGAAUGCAACGACGACGGCGCUGUUUCCUCUGAUCGCUCCAAGUUAUCUCUGUGAAACUGGCAAGGAGACUCUGUUCUAUCCCAAUUCAAAGGAGAUCCUUGCAUUUGACAUGCAUUCGGGUCUUCUGCAGAGCCGACUCCGCAUAAAGGGCUUACCAGGCCUGCAAGACCAUUCCGACACGAGUACGCGCAAUCCAAAGAAUAGGACGACCUGCUUGGCGUGGCGCGCACAUCAUGUCGAGAUGUAUUCAGCGCAUGGUGAUGGUAGUAUCAGAUGCUGGAGACCACGCACCACUGAAGAUGUCGUCGCUGAGAAUGAGCAAGCUGGAGAGCAUGAUGUGGGUGAGGACGCGGCGGAGCGAAAGCGAAAGCGGGAUGAGUUUGAGGAAAUUGUUAAAGAUCUGACGUCGAAAAAGAUCACGUUCAACUGA